AUGCAGGGGCUGUCUGAGGCCACCACCCGGUCCACAGCCACAUCUCGACCGUCCGAGUUUCGUCCGACACCGGCUGCACCGGCAAGGCACAUCCUGUGUAGCAGUUUUGCCGCCAGACGUAUGGAUGGCCUCGCCUGGUUGUCACGCAUGUCAUACACAUGUCUUUUGUCUACAUACCUAGGCCAUCCUAGGUCUGCGUUGUGCUCCCGUGGGCCAUUCGAGAUUCGUGCCGUCAACCGCAGACACUUGCACUACGAGUCAAGCAAGGGGGUAAGCAAGAACUCGCUCCUCUCCACGCUUCCGUGCUUCAAGAUUCGAAGGAGACUCGGAGAGGCGUCUGCUUCCGUCAUGAGCAUCUGCGUUAUCAUGCCGUCCAUGACCUACUACCCGCCAUAUGCACCGAUGGCGCCGACAUGUGUGUACGUGAACCAGCAAGCGUUUUGCCAACCAAUCCAGACUGGCACUGAACCCUCCACAGCGGCGACGUCGGUGUGUGACUCCAUCCAUGUCACGGUUUCAACAAUGGAUGGCCAUCAUGAGGUGCUGUCGGUCAAGGGUUCCGACACGGUGAAGGAUCUGAAGGAAUACAUCAAGGAUUGUCGCCUUGGCAAUGCAAACACCGAGGACAUGCGGCUUCAUCAUGCCGGAGUGCAGCUUCACGAGGGGAAGGCCACAAUGAGCGAGUGCGGCGUGACUGAAGGCAGCAAAAUUGAGAUGGUGGUUGUGUCCAAAGCCGCUCAAAUUCCAAGGAAGGCUCGGGUGUUUCUCCGGACAGCAUCUGGAGAGACCAAGCCCUUUGAUGUGCACCUCACCACGCAAGCCGCAGAGGUGGCAGCGGAAGCUGCGAAGCUCUGUGGAUUGGAAGGUCCUUUGCCAACACUCUCUUUUCGCGGCAGGGUCCUUGUCGGCAACAAGAGUUUGAAGGACGCAGGUGUUGAGAUGGGAAGCGUCAUGAAGUUGACCAUUCCUGAGCCGGUCAUCGAUGCAGGUGUUGACAAGUGA